CGUGGCUCGGCUGGAUCACGUGUUGCAGGUGCAGCCAUCAUGUAUUUGAGAGGAAAGCAGCCUGUCAGUCACUUUGCGGUUUGUUUGGAACGGAACACGAGCAAGAAUGAGUUUCGAUCUGUCGUCAGCUGUGGGCGAUAAGGAGGAGGUGGUGCAGAGUGAGGAGGCUCAAAAGGAUGAGUUCAGUUUUCCCUGGAGCAAGAAGAAGGACGGUGACAAGGAAAAGGGUGGCAAGGAAAAGGGCUGCAGCAAGGACAAGAGUGACAGCAAGUCUAGCAAGGACAGCAAGGACAAGAGUGGCAGCAAGUCUAGCAAGUCUGGCAAGGACAAGAGUGACAGCAAGUCUGGCAAGGACAAGAGUGACAGCAAGUCUAGCAAGGACAAGAGUGGCUGCAAGUCAAAGGACGGACACGAGAAGAAGCAAAAGAAAGAGCACAAAGAUGGGGAGAAACAUGGCUCCUCAUCAUCCUCCUCUUCAUCAUCAUCAUCAAACUCCUCCAGCAGCGAUGAGGACUGAUGCUUCCUGGGGGACAGGGCUGCUCUGUUAGUCUCUUAUCAUGUCGUCUAUUGACAAAAUGAGAGUGUGUGUGUUUGAGGGUACAGUAGCAUCAACUGUCCUUCUCGUCCCAGCACUGGUGUCACAGAAACAUCAUGGUCUUGUGUAAACGAAGGUGCCAAUUCCUAGAAGUAAAUGUUCUGACGACAAACAAAA